AUGGCUAAAAACUAUGGUUUCCUUAUUUGCAUACUUGUCAUGGUGAUGGAUAUUAUUGCAGGCAUACUAGGAAUUCAAGCAGAAACAGUUCAAAACAAGGAGAAACACAUGAAGAUAUGGUUGUUUGAUUGUAGAUAUCCUAGCCAUCAAGCUUUUAAACUAGGAGUUGCGGCGGUUAUUCUCUUGCUUCUUGCUCACGCAAUUGCUAACUUGCUUGGAGGUUGCAUUUGUGUUUGGUCUAGAGAUCAAUACAGAUCAGCUACAGCUAAUAGGCAAUUAGCAGUGGCUUUUCAAAUCUUCUCUUGGAUUGUGUUAGCAGUUGCAUUCUCUAUGCUGAUUAUAGGCACAUUAGCAAACUCAAGAUCAAGAAAAUAUUGUGGAAUAUUUAAUCACAGAUUUCUAUUCAUAGGUGGCAUUUUGUGUUUCAUACAUGGAUUGUUCACUCUUCCUUAUUACGUUUCUAUCACGGCCAUGAGAAGGGAAGAAAAGAGGCAACAAACCCCGGGACCCGCCGUAAUACGUACUUAA